AUGGCCACUGAAUUCAUCAAGAAUGUGAGUACCGCUCAAGCAGCGCCUCUUCAUGCCUCGUGUUGACCCGCAGCACAGUUUCGCUCAUUCAUAUGGGACUCGGACGCGCAUCUCAAGACACUCGAGGAGCGCAAGCUUCUACGUAAGCUCGAUUUUUCUAUCCUGACAAUAGCAUGUCUCGGCUUCUUCCUGAAGUACUUGGACCAGGGCAACCUGUCGAACGCCUAUGUCUCGGGCAUGCAGGAAGAUCUUCGAAUGCUUGGGAAUGAGUACACAUACGCUACAACCUGUUACACCGUCGCCUAUGCAGUGAUGCAGAUUCCCUCAAACAUGAUCGUUCAGUACAUUCGGCCAAGCUACUGGUUGGCUGUGAUGGAAAUUGCGUGGGGCGCAUUCACUUUCGCGCAGGCAGGUCUGAAGAGCUCAACGCAGCUCUAUGUAAUGCGCUUCUUCGUGGGAUUCUUCGAGAGGUAUACGGCAGGAGUUGAAGUCUCACUUAGGAUCAUGCUGAUACGACACCAGCUCUUUCUUUCCCGUAUUGCUCUUCGUCCUUGGAUCUUGGUACACGAAGACGGAGCUCGCUAAAAGGAUUGCAAUCUUCCAUAUGACGGCACCUAUUGGAUCAGCUUUCGGAGGGUAUCUCCAAGCUGCAGUGUACGAGAAUCUUGACGGACACCAUGGUCUUGCAGGAUGGCGAUGGCUUUACAUCAUCUGCGGCUGCAUGACUGUGCCAGUGGGAUUUGCGACCUGGUUUGCCCUGCCGGACACGCCAUACAAAACCAAGGCCUGGUAUCUUAGCGAAGACGAGAAGCAACUUGCAAUAGAACGGAUUCGUAAAGCGGGGAAAGCAGCUCCUGCGAAAGUCAGCCUUGCUACUUUCAAACGUGUGCUAGGCGGCUGGCACUGGUAUGCAUUCGUCUUGGGAUACGUGAUCUACGGCUCAUCAUGCCAGGCAAGCUCCUAUUUCGGUAUCUGGCUCAAAGCAGAAGGCUUCUCCGUUGUGGACCGUAACAUUAUUCCGACAGGUACGAACCUGAUCUCUGGAUUUUGUGUCAUCCUCUGGGGAUUCCUCUCGGAUUUUACGGGAAGCAGAUUCUGGUUUGUGUUCGGUCCUUUGGCUUACGGCCUGAUUCCAAAUGGCAUUCUCGCCUUUUGGCCGAGUAGUCAGAAUGCAAAAUUGUACGCCUUUUUGACAUGCGGUAUCCAGCUGAUGACGGCAAUAUUGUAAGUCAAGAGAGCCUCAAGACUGGUUCUGUCUAACGCAGUUUUGAUUAGCUACACGUGGGCGAACGAAAUAUGCGCCGGGGACAACGAAGAACGUGCCAUCGUUAUCAGUAGCAUGAACGGCUUUCAAUAUGCGGUGGCUGCCUGGCUCCCCAUCCUCAUCUUUCCACAAACGAUGGCCCCUACUUUCCGCUAUGGCUUCCCGUCCACGUUUGGAUUCGUGAUUGCUGGUUUGCUCGCCGUGGUCGCAAUUCAGGCUCUCCAUUCGAGAGAUCUGAGGCGAAGCAAGCGGUUAUCUCAUAUCUCUGAAGACGAAGGUGAAGCAGUCAUCGAUCAAAUUGGGGGCCAGAUCUUGAAGACUGGCCAAGUCAGUAGAGUGCGAGAGAUGCAUGAGCUGUCUUAA